AUGCGAGGUUAUGCGUUAAUAGAUGCGACUAUAAAUGGUAUGACAAUCCAUCAAUCAUCACCGACAGCUGACAUGGAGGUUGAGUAUCAGCACAGGUGCAAAGCCUACCGCUUUGUAGCCUAUUCGGCCGUCGCCUUCUCGGUGGUGGCCAUAAUUGGCGCCGCCACCACUCUGCCAAUGGUGUACAAUUAUGUGCACCAUGUCCGCCGCACGAUGCAUUCUGAACUCAACUACUGUCGUACAUCAGCCCGUGAUAUCUGGUCUGAAGUAAGCACCAUGAAGACCAGUGGCAAUCGUACCGCCCGUCAGGCUGGAUAUGGUAGCGAUGACGCCGUGCUGGGCGGUGGCAACACUGGAAACGUUGGUGGAGGCGGCGGAGGAAACGACUGCACCGCUUGCUGCUCUGGUGGAGGUGCGGGACCAGCAGGAACUCCUGGAAACGCAGGACGACCAGGAAACCCUGGCGCUCCUGGAGCCCCAGGAAACCCUGGCAGACCACCAGUUCAGCCGUGUAACUCGCCCCCAGCACCUCCAUGCAAUCCCUGCCCACCAGGACCACCCGGACCACCAGGAGGCGCCGGUCAGCCCGGAGAUGCCGGACGUGACGGAAACCCAGGAGGACCCUGGAGCUCCAGGAGGCCCAGGAACACCUGGUCCAAGGGACCACCAGGACCCAGCGGAAACCCCGGAAGCCCAGGAGCCCCAGGACAGCCUGGACAACCCGCCAUCUCCGUUCCUCCUACUCCUGGAGCACCAGGACCUGCCGGACCUCCCGGACCUGCUGGACCACCUGGACCCAAUGGACAACCCGGAAACGCUGGAGCUCCAGGACAACCUGGACCAAAGGGACCACCUGGAGGCAACGGUCAACCCGGUCCUCCUGGAAACCCGGGCACACCUGGAGACAGAGGAACUCCUGGAACACCUGGAGAACGUGGUAUCUGCCCCAAGUAUUGUUCUAUUGAUGGAGGUGUCUUCUUCGAAGAUGGUACUCGUCGUUAG